AUGCUGGGCUGAGGCCGAAAGCGUGGCUCUGGCAGUGGGCGCCACCAUUUAAGAGGGAUCCCGAGAAACCGGAAGGUGUCCGGAGGAGGGCGAAUGAAAGGACUCGGGAACCUGUGGGUGUUUUGGCUACAACACUCAGAAAUCCCAGCCAGUUAGGCUGUUAGGAUUUCUGGGAGUUGAAGGCCAAAAUAUCUGGGGAGAACCACUGGCUUAGAGAGCUGAGCAUGUUUAACCUGCAGAAGAGAAGGUUGAGAAGAGAUAUGACAGCCAUGUCUCAGUAUUUGAGAGGAUGCCCUAAAGAGGAGGCUUGAUUUCUGCUGCCCUGCAGUGGGUUCAAAUAACAGGAAAGGAGAGUCCACCUGAACAUUUGGAUGAACUUCCCUGAUAGCAAGAACUGUUCAACAAUGGAAUAUUCUUCUCUAGAGAUUUUUAUGCAGAGGCUGGAUUGCCAUCUGUUCGGAGUGCUUUGAUUCUGCUUUUCUGGCAUGGCGGAAUGGGGUUGGACUGGUUGGUCCCUGUGCUGUCUUCCAACUCUAUGUGUCAAACUCAAGGACUGGGUGAUCAUGUCUCCUCUCAAACUUCUCUUCUACAGGCUAAAGACACCCAGCUCUUUAAUGUUAUUUUAUGUGGUCCGAUGGCUCAGUGUGUUAAAGCACUGAGCUGCUGAACUUGCAGACCGAAAGGUUCCAGAUUCAAAUCCGGGAGCGGAGUGAGCGCCCGCUGUAAGCUCCAGCUUCUGCCAACCUAGCAGUUCGAAAACAUGCAAAUCUCAUUCCUGGGACUGAAUCGAUUCUCUACACACAUGAAUAUCGCAAACAAGGCAAGAGGCAACUCUCUAAAUUCCCUCAUCCCAGAGUUUCCAGACCUGUGGAUCAUUAACCGAGACAAAAUCAACUCGGAAACUGGACUUGAAUUCACAUUUCCUUCCGUUCUAAGUGGAUAUAUAAGCUACAACUGUAUUGAAGAAUCUGGAUAUAAAAUUGGCUAUGGCCCCAAGCAGAUGGCCUGUUUUAACUUUCACACUACAACUGCUUUUCAUUUUCGCUGAUGCAGAAUCUGAAACUAUCAAGGCAAGUGAAGGAUGCACUGACUUCCAGUCUGCAAGUUUACUGAGGGGUAGUAAUCUCAAAGUGCAGUUUCUUCUAUUCCCGUCUUCAAACCCAAGAUGUGGACAGCUGCUCUUAGUAAGUGAGGCUAUUCAAAACUCCAGCUUCAACACCAGCUUGGGGACCAAAAUAAUCAUCCACGGUUUCAGGGCACUAGGCACAAAGCCCUCCUGGAUAAAUGGACUAAUUGAGGCCUUGCUGCAGGCAAACCAAGCCAACAUCAUUGCUGUUGAUUGGGUCCAGGGAGCGACAGCAGCCUAUCCGACUGCAGUAGAGAAUGUUAUGAAGCUGGGGCUGGAAAUAUCCACUUUCGUCCGAAGAUUGUUGGCUACAGGAGUGCCAGAGACCUCCAUACACCUUAUUGGGGUGAGCCUUGGUGCCCAUGUUGCAGGCCUGGUGGGCCAUUUCUAUGAUGGGAUGUUGGGAAGGAUUACUGGUCUGGAUCCUGCUGGGCCCAAAUUUACCCGAGCCAGUCAAGAAGAGCGCCUGGAUCCUGGGGAUGCUCUAUUUGUGGAAGCUAUUCAUACGGAUGCAGACAAUUUUGGCAUCCGGAUACCUGUGGGACACAUUGAUUACUAUGUCAAUGGAGGCAAAGAUCAGCCAGGAUGUCCCCGUUUCAUCUCAUCUGGCUAUCGCUACCUCAUCUGUGACCAUAUGAGAGCUGUGCAUUUCUAUAUAAGUGCCCUGGAGGGUCCCUGUCCCAUGAUGGCUUUCCCUUGCUCCAGUUAUCAGAAUUUCCUAGCUGGUGGCUGCUUAGAUUGCUUUAAUCCUUUCCUCCUGUCCUGUCCCACAAUAGGACUUUUGGACAAUGGAGGAGUUGACAUGAAAAAGUUGCCUAUGGAGGUAAAAGUCUACUUGGCCACAGCUGCAUCUCCACCAUACUGUGUGUACCACAGCCUGGUGGAAUUUAGCUUACAGGAGAUAACAACUUUGGAUAUAAACAUUGAGAUAACCUUCCUCAGUAGCAACUCCUCAUUUCGCACUAGCAUCACCAUACCCAAGCAGCAGACUCUGGGCAAAGGCCUGCUGAUGCACUCCGUCCCACUGUGCCAAAUAGAAAGAGUGACGCUGCUGUCCCGUCCUUCCAAAACCUGGAGUAGGAAGAAAAAUGGGAACCCAAUUGUUGGACAGUUCUGUACAGCACAGCUGCCAGUAGACAAAGGGGAGAUGUUCUGCCUGUCUCAAACUUUGUCUUUGACGGGGAACACACUCCUUUCUCAUCGCCUCACAGUUACCUGUGCCUGACAGAGCUGCAAAAAGGCAAUAGCAGGCCUCUAAGGGUGGAAAGGACUCUCUGAAAUAACAAGUAGUGAAAGUGAUGCAUAGUUUCUGUCAUAAGAAAGCAAAUGCACAUUCAUUUCCUCUUUGCCUGCAUUUAGCCAAAACCCCUCAGCUUUGCAUCUAAGGAAAUCACAGGUGGAGUGCAUGGAAGAUGGCUGUGCAAAUCUAGAAACUUCCUCAGUUUGCAUUCAACUAUAGCUGUUCCUCUCCAAAGAUGUGAUCUGAAUGUGGGAUGGUAGGAGCAGGAUUGUAGCCAACACUGGACAUCUGAUUUCCUUUUCCAUGUUUUUGCCUGUCUUUAUGCAUCAUUCAUACAGUAAUUACUAAAGAACAAAAGACUAGUUGAAACGUGUUUUAUUUCUUGGAUCUGCUGUUGUCCACACACAUAGAGGUUAGGAGGAGUAAUAACUCUUGGAAAAUAAAAUUCAAACAUGGCUUAGUA